AUGGGCGCGGGUCUGAUGAGGGCAGCAGUUGUGCUGUCAUUCUUCAGUUGUAGUUUCGCGUACUACUUGCCGGGCACAUACCCCCAAGAGUUCUUCCUAGGACAGACUUUGCAAGCGGAGGUCAAUUCCUUGACUUCUUCAGAGACAGAGCUGCCAUACAACUAUUACUCUCUGCCUUUCUGCAAGCCUCCUGAGGGAGUGAAGAAGUCCAUCAACACGAUCAACCCUGGCACCAUAUUGAUGGGGACUCGUAUUGAGAACUCGCCUUACAACUUCUCAAUGCUGGUGGAGGAGAAGACAAAGCUGGCUUGCCAGCCAGAGGGCUUCUACGGCCCUCUCACAGAGCGGGAAGUGGUGGACUUGAGGGAGAAGAUUGACCAGCACUACCGCGUGCGGUUGAUCCUGGACAACCUCCCGAUCACCACGUAUGAUCUGGAGGAGAACCCGGAGAGCAUCCGUCCGGGGUACGAGAUCGGCAUCUCCGUGGACGGCAAGUACUACUUGAACAACCACCUCAUGUUCAAGAUCCUGGUGCACAAGACCAACGGCCAGUACACGCGCGCCCGCAAGAACAUGGCCGAGCUGGAGGCAGCCGCCGUUGUCGAGGUGCGCACCAUUCACCCUACCGAGCACUCCACGGUGGCUACAACUCUGGGGGACCUGGCCGGGUCGGCGGUGGGCGGCGAGUCGGAUGAGCCAAUGUACAUGGUGGUGGGCUUUGAGGUGAUGGCGUGCAGCAUCGCGCGCGUGGCGGGCCAGAAGCCCAAGGACAUCUCCUGCAUUGACACGCUGGAGGGCAAGCCGCCUGCGCCGCAGGAGAUCACCAAGGACGCGAAGCUGGUGUACACGUACGACGUGUACUGGGAGCUGAGCGACAUAAGCUGGGCAUCGCGUUGGGACGCCUACCUGCGCAUGCCGGGCGGGCGCGUGCACUGGUUCUCCAUCCUCAACUCGCUCAUGGUCGUCGUCGUCAUGUCCUCCAUCGUCGCCAUGAUCAUGAUGCGCACCAUCCGCCGCGACCUACAGCGCUACGAGAACCUCCUCGGCGACACCAGCGCAAAGGAUGACGUGGAGGAGAGUGGGUGGAAGAUGGUGAGCGGGGACGUGUUCCGGUCGCCCAAGAGCGCCAUGUUGCUCUGCGUGCAACUGGGCUCCGGCGUCCAGAUCAUCCUCUCAUCCUUCAUCACCCUCUUCUUCGCCGCCCUCGGCUUCCUGUCGCCUGCGUCGCGCGGUGCACUGCUGACUGCGAUGCUGGUGAUGUACCUGCUGCUGGCGCUGGGCGCGGGCUUUGCCAGCGUGUGGCUGUGGGGCCUCAUCCAGCGCUCCUACGACGGCUGGUCAGGGGUCGCCUGGCGCGUGGCCUCCUACUUCCCCGGCAUCACGCUCGCCACGCUGUCCUGCCUCAACGUGCUCCUCGUGCACACCGGCUCCUCCGGCGCAAUCCCCCUCACCGCCUUCUUCUCGCUCAUCUCCCUCUGGUUCAUCAUCUCCAUCCCCCUCUGCUUCUCCGGCGGCAUUAUAGCGACCAAGCAGGAGAUCAAGGCGUACCCGACACGCACCAACCAGAUUCCCCGCCACAUCCCCCCGCCGCACUGGGCCUCGCACCCGGUCGUCCUCUUCCUGGCCGCCGGCCUGCUGCCCUUUGGCACCAUCUUUGUUGAGCUCUACUUUGCCAUGACCUCCAUCUGGCAGGGGUACUUCUACUACAUCUUUGGCUUCUGCUUUGUGGUGGGCAUGCUGACCGUGCUGAUCACCAUCGAGGUGGCUAUCGUCUGCACCUACGUCCAGCUCUGCGCUGAGGACUACCUCUGGUGGUGGCGCUCUUUCCACCGGGGAGGCAGCGUGGCAGUGUACAUUGGCAUCUACUCCAUUGGUUUCCUGGUCAACACACUGCACUCGCUGUCCGGCCUGGUUUCCGUGCUGCUGUACCUGUCCUACAUGGCCCUCGUCAUGUGGGGCAUCUACCUGGCCAUGGGCACUGUCGGCUUCUUCGCGUCUCUGCUCUUCACCUACAAGAUCUUCUCUGCUGUCAAGGCCGACUGAGCCAGUUCUGGCGCUAGGCAAUCAACAGCAGAGGAACCUGAAGGAACGUGACUGGCUGUGAGCUGCAAUUUCUGCAUCCUACUGACAAGAGCCUUGCAAAAUUUGAUUCGAUGAACAGUGAUAGCCUUGCUUGCUGACUGAUUGCUGCAUGCGGUUGCAUGGGAAGCUCAUGUUGACAGAGGCGAUGUCCUCAGAAGGGAGCGGUCAGAAGAGCGUCUUGUAAAAUGUCCACAGUGCAAUGAGAUCCUGGCGCUUGGCACCGAUAUAUGUUGGGGUCUGAUUGCUCAAGAGUAUUGCUAAAUUUAAGACUAGCAUGAGGUUUAUGACUUUGGACCCUACAGAAGUUCUGUGACAGAACCCUUUCAAGAUUCACUCUGAGAACGAGAUUUCCCACCAACUGGGCCCAGCUGCCCUCAAGUGCCCACCAACUGCCUGGACACCCACCAACUCUGGGAGUUGAUUGAGGGGUGCGUUGGUGGGUGCUGUUCGGAUGUUCUUGGGGGCAGGUUGGGUGAAACAGUUGGUGGAGACUUUUGGUGGAAGUAUUGCUGGCAUCUUGAGGGGUGUCAUGGUAUGUUGUUUUGGUAUGCUUUCUGGUGAUUGUUGCUGGUGGCCUAUUGGAAGAUGAGAAGUGCCCAGAACUUUGCUGCCCCAGAUCAGCAAUAUGGACCUCAUUCUGGAUCUUGGACUUGUGCAAGAAUAAAGCAGACAGAGUCUCAAAGUGUGUGUAUAAUCAUUACAAUC